UGUUGGAGUUGCGCACAGCAGCUGAGAGUCACUGUCCUGUGUGAUUAAACGGAUGGACAGCUGUGGUCACAGCUGAGCUGAUCGCUUCUUUUGCAAUUCUCGAGGAUAUAUUGAAUCACAAUAACUUUUGUUAUCAGUACGCUGGACCGAAGAAAAUGUCCAACUAGCCCAAUAACAUUUAUUCUACUUUCCGUGACUUUGCUGUAGUUUACAAUUGCAUUACGAUACCUGUGCACCAACAUCCUUCAUAAAGUUACAAUCAUUCACCGAGGAGUUGUUAUUGUGGCUGCAGAGCUGCAACCAUGCAGCAGGAGCUUCUGUUCAAAGUCCUGGUCAUCGGGGAUUUGGGAGUCGGAAAAACGUCCAUCAUCAAGCGGUACGUGCACCAGAUCUUCUCCCAGCACUACCGAGCAACCAUCGGCGUGGACUUCGCCCUGAAGGUUCUGCAGUGGGACAAUGACACUGUGAUCCGACUACAGCUGUGGGACAUAGCAGGACAGGAGCGGUAUGGGAACAUGACUCGUGUCUAUUACCGGGAGGCGGUGGGAGCACUGGUGGUGUUUGACGUGACGAGGGCCUCCACGUUCGACGCCGUGCUGAAGUGGAAGGAUGACCUGGACUCCAAGGUGACCCUGAACCACGGGAAGCCAGUUCCAGCCAUACUCUUGGCCAAUAAGUCGGACCAGCUGGCUUCCCAGCAGCCCAAACUCGACUCCUUCUGCAGGGAGAACGGCUUCAUCGGCUGGUUCGAGACCUCUGCAAAGGAAAACGCAAACAUUGAGGAGGCAGCACGCUGCUUGGUGGGUCACAUCCUGAACAACGAGGAUAGCCCGUUGGUAGAGCGAGACCCCAGCUCCCUCGUCCUGUCCAGCUACACCAGCACCGCGAAGGAUCAUCUCAACUGCUCUUCAUGUGCAAAAUGGUGACUCCUGACCAAUCACAGACAACCAGGAAGUGAACAGACGUGAGGCCACCAAGAUAAGUUUGGCUCAGGGACUAUCUUAGGCCAUAGUGAAUAAUGAAGAAAAAUGUAAACCGGGUAGAGCCAAUGUUCACGGGCUUGUUCACACUUCACACAGGAUAUCUGGAGCACAAAAGAAAGAAUUCUGAUGAAU